AUGAGGGUGAAGGGAGGCUGUGAGGGGGCCCCCACGUCCCAAGUGCUGCCCACCCCAACUUCCCCAGGGCUGGGCCCUGAGCCCCUCCAGGGCCCUCUACUUCAUACAGGUCCCUGGGCAACGCCCACAUCUGGAACUCUGAAUAAGGGUGGGGACAAGAACCCACCCAUCUCUGGCCCUGGUGCAGUACUUAUUCUCUCCCUGAGGAAGCAACUGCAGACGCUGCAGGCUGGAGGCUGGAGCCAGUGGCCUGCCUUAUCCCGGCCAGCCCUGGGCCUGCAGUGCUACACAUGUGGGGGCAGUGAGGACAUCAGCCAGUGCCAGCCCAUCACCUGUGCCGUGGAGUCCAGCGUCUGCUACGGGAGCCUUGUGACCAUGACCCUGACUGAGAGUGGGAAGAAGAUCAGAACUCACCACAAGGGCUGUGCCCCUUCCUGCAACGUGGCUUCGAAGCUGAUGGAAGGGCUCACUUUCGGGGGGCUGGGCCAGGUAAACCUGCCGAAGUUGGAGGUGCAGGACAUAAGCUGCUGUGAGGAGGAUCUCUGUAAUGGGGUGGCCCAUGCGGGGCACAGCCUCUGGGCCCUGGCCGGGGGCCUACUUCUCAGCCUGGGGCCCACCCUCCUCCGGGCUCUGCAGUGAGGACCCUCCUUCCAGCUCAGACACAGGGGUCUCCCCAGAGAGCAAAAAAGAAGCCAUCGCCACCAAGGCCCGCUCAGCUCACCCUUGCACACACAUGCGGAGCACUCUGCAGACAGGGCCGUGCUUGCACCUGCCCCGUGUACGGCCUGGGCCUAGAGGCCCGGAAAGGAAGGGGCAGGCUGGGCCCCUCUGCACUGACCAGCCACCCCACCCACCACCUGCCCAGAACCAGCCUCGGGCUGCCCGCUUGCUGCCCGACCACAAGCAAGCUGCCUUUGCAAGCACCACCUGUCCGUCCCUGACCCAGGACGCACAGAUCGCACUCUGGCUGGCCAACCCCGCCUUACCCACCACAGCAGGCCAGG